UUUGUAUUUCCUUACACAACAAUACGGUUUGAAAACUUUGAACUUGACUUCUUUCGUCUUUAAACCACAUCUGCUGCUGUAAAACACGGCCUCUUGCGGCUUCUCGCUAAAAUGUACCACUGACAGUCUCUCUCCCUCCCCCUCCCUUCCCCGUCCCUCUCUCUGCUCGCCGCACUGAUGCUGAUAUUUCUCUCCAGCAUCACCAGCGGAGAGGAGGAGGAGGAGGAAGGGAGGUUGUGUCAGGUGGAAACGGGUAUCUCUAUGGAUGUCAUCACUACCUUCCACCGGCUCGCAUCCUCAGCACCGACAGCAUUUCCCAGCCGGCGGUCACCGCUGCAGACACGCAGCGCCCUUUUCAUGCACCGAGGCUGUGUAUUUCCACGGUACAGACUCCCCGGACUGCUUCUGUAAUUGCUCAGACAAACCACUUCCUCUUAGAGUAAGGACUAAUCGAGGGAAGACCCUGCUGGAAUAAAAGCGGAGCGUCCGUCUCCUCCAUUGAUAAACCGCUAUCAUCGAUUCAGCCCAAAGACGUCUUGGUAUAAGAGGAGGACAAAACCAAUCCAAAAAACUGACUCUGAAGCUGAAGGGCGUCGGGCGCGAUGGCUAAUGCCUCCCCAGACCUGGACAACGCGGAAGCCCAGCGCCAGCUCAACAACAACAACCGACCAAUCAGCUCUGGGUUCUGGGAGACGGAGUGUACCAGCUCCAAGCUGUUCGAGUGCUCCCGCAUCAAGGCCCUGGCAGACGAACGAGAUGCGGUGCAGAAAAAGACUUUUACCAAGUGGGUUAACUCCCAUCUGGCCAGAGUGUCCUGUCGUAUAUCUGACCUCUACAACGACCUGAGAGAUGGAUACAUGCUCACCAGACUGCUGGAGGUCCUCAGUGGAGAGCUGCUGCCGAGGCCUACUCGGGGUCGUAUGCGGAUCCACUGCCUGGAAAAUGUUGACAAAGCUCUGCAGUUCCUCAAAGAACAGAGGGUUCACCUGGAAAAUGUUGGUUCCCAUGACAUUGUGGAUGGGAACCAUCGCCUCACCCUGGGCCUUAUGUGGACCAUCAUUCUACGCUUCCAGAUCCAAGUGAUCAAAAUAGAGACAGAAGACAACAGAGAAACCCGCUCUGCUAAGGAUGCCCUACUGCUCUGGUGCCAGAUGAAGACCGCAGGGUACCCUGAGGUCAACAUUCAGAACUUUACCACCUGCUGGAGAGACGGCCUUGCCUUCAAUGCCCUCAUACACAGACACAGACCUGACCUGAUAGAGUUCCACAAGCUGACACGGUCCAAUGCAACCCAUAACCUCCAGCAAGCCUUCAACAUCGCUGAGCAGCACCUCGGCCUCACCAAACUCCUGGACCCUGAAGAUGUGAACACAGAGAACCCUGAUGAAAAGUCCAUCAUCACUUAUGUGGUCUCCUACUACCACUAUUUCUCCAAGAUGAAGGCUCUUAUCGUGGAGGGCAAGAGGGUUGGCAAGGUACUAGACAACUGUAUUGAGGCAGAAAAAAUCAUCAACCGGUAUGAGGCUCUGGCGUCAGACCUGCUGGACUGGAUCGAAAAGACCAUUGCGGUCAUCAGCAACCAGAAGUUUGCCAACUCACUGACAGGAGUCCAGCAGCAGCUACAGGCCUUCACCACCUACUGCACUAUAGAGAAGCCAAUCAAGUUUCAGGAGAAGGGAAAUCUCGAGGUCCUUCUCUUCACAAUCCAAAGCAAACUUAGAGCCAACAACCAGAAACCAUACGUGCCUCAUGAUGGGAAGCUCAUCUCAGACAUCAACAAGGCCUGGGAGAGGCUGGAGAAGGCUGAGCAUGAGAGGGGUGUUGCUCUGCGCAAGGAGCUGAUACGUCAGGAGAAGCUAGAGUUGCUGGCUCAGCGCUUUGACCACAAAACCACCAUGAGACAAGCCUGGCUCAAUGAAAACCAGAGACUUGUAUCACAGGACAACUUUGGCUAUGACCUACCAGCAGUCGAGGCAGCAAUGAAGAAACACGAGGCCAUCGAGGCAGACAUAGCCUCGUAUGAAGAGCGAAUUGGAGUGGUGGUUGAACUUGCAGCAGAGAUGGAGGCAGAAGGAUACUAUGACAUCCGACGUAUCUUGGCACGCAAGGAGAACAUCCUGGGGCAGUGGGGUCUGCUGAAGGAGCUGGUCGCAGGGAGGAGGACCCGUCUGGAGAAGAACCUGGCCCUGCAGAAGACUUUUCAGGACAUGGUCUACAUGAUUGACUGGAUGGAGGACACACAGGUCCAGCUGCUGUCAAAGGACUUUGGGAAGCAUCUUCUGGAGGUGGAUGACCUGCUGCAGAAACACAGCCUGCAGGAAGCCGACAUUGCAGUGCAGGCUGAGAGGGUCGAGACACUCAACACAGCUGCACUCAAAUUCACCACAAUAGAGGGUUACCAACCGUGUGACCCACAGGUGAUCUGUAACCGCGUCAACCACGUCUCUUCCUGUCUGGAGGAGCUGAAACAACUGGCAGCUAAAAGGCGUGCUGAGCUUGAGGAGUCGAGACAGCUGUGGGCCUUUUUUCAGGAACUGGAGGAGUCAGAGGCCUGGAUCAGGGAGAAGAGCUCCAUCCUGGGAGCUCAGGGUUAUGGGAAGGACCUCAGCAGUGUGCUGAGGUUACUACAAAAACACAAGACUCUGGCUGGAGAACUGCUGGCCCAUCGGUCACUGCUGCAGAACACCAUGAAGCGAGGAAAACAGAUCCUGAGUGAGAAGAGCUUCGGCACUGCAGGGAUCCAGGAGCGCAUCAUGGAAGUGAAGGGCGAGUGGAAGCGACUGGAGGACCAGGCAGCGCAGCGUCUUGGCCACCUGCAGGAGGCACUCAACUUUUUUCAGUUCUCCACGGAGACAGACGACUUGGUGGCAUGGCUGCAGGACGCUUACCGCCUGGUCUCCAGCGAAGACUUCGGACAUGAUGAGUACUCCACUCAGUCACUGCUGAAAAAACACAGAGGGGUCAGCGAGGCCAUCGACAAACAUCGUCUUCAUGUGGUGACUCUACGCAAACACAUGGUGGGGCUGCCCCUGCAGUACCGUGAUCAAGAGGAGGUGCAGGUUCGCAUGGGAGAGGUGGAGCAGCUGUAUACCGAGGUGGCUGAGGUGGCGGUGCUCAGACAGCAGUGGCUUCAUGAUGCCCUCGCUGUCUACCGCAUGUUCAGUGAGGUCAACGCCUGCGAGCUGUGGAUUGAUGAGAAGGAGCAGUGGCUGGACAAGAUGGAGAUCCCUGAGAGACUGGAGGACGUGGAGGUGGUGGCACACAGGUUUGAAAGUCUGGACCAGGAAAUGAACAGCCUGAUGGGAAGGAUCCUGGAUGUUAAUCAGAUAGUUCAGCAGCUCCUGGAUGGAGGUCAUCCGUCUUCUACAGAGGUCCGAGGUUGUCAGGACCACCUCAACUCCAGGUGGAACAGCAUCGUGGAGUUGGUGGAGCAGAAGAAAGAUCAGCUGGACUCAAUGUUACGUCUGCAGAACUACCUGCUGGAGUGCGCCGAGAUCAAGUCCCAGAUCCAGGACAAGAGAAAAGCCAUCGACGCCACCCAGUACGUAGGCAGCGAUCUGGGAGGAGUCCUCGCUCUGCAAAGACGCCUUUCCACCAUGGAGGGAGCCUUGUCUGUCCUGGAGCCCAAACUACUGCAUCUGCAGGAGGAGGCAGAGCAUCUGGCCACCGUUCACACAGGUCGGGCCAUGGAGGUUCUUGUGCCGUUUGAUGGCAUCAGUGUGGAGUGGGAGGAGCUGAAACGCACCCUGCAGGGCUGCGAAGACUCACUGAUGGUGGCUAGCAGGCUGCAAAGCUUCAUACAGGAUCUGGACUCAUUCCUUACCUGGUUGGUCCAGACGCAGACAGCUGCAGCCUCAGACCAGCUGCCCAACGACCUGGAGGAGGCAGAGAGACUGAUCAACAAACAUGCUGCCCUCAAGGAGGAGAUAGGACGGUAUGAAGAGGACUAUGAGCGCCUGCAGGCCAUGAACGAGCUGCUUGAGUCUGAGGAGGCUCCCCUACCCCAGGCCGCCCUGCAGCAGUGGCUGCAGAAGCUCGAUGUCGGCUGGAACAAACUGCUAGAGAUGUGGGAGAGCAGGAGAGAAGUUCUGGUCCAGGCUCACAUUUUCCAUCUGUUUCUACGAGACGUUAAACAGGCGGAGUCCUUCCUCAAUAACCAGGAAUCUGCCCUUGCUCAUGUGGAGUUGCCCACCACGGUGGAAACGGUUGAGGCCGCCAUAAAGAAACACAAGGACUUUACCACCACCAUGGAGCUGAACCUGCACAGGAUCAAAGCUGUGAUCGAGGCUGGAGAGAGUCUGAUCAGUCAGAGCAACAUCUACUCUGAACGCAUCAGGGAACGCAUCGACACCCUCGCCAACAGGGGAAACCAGAACAGAGAGCUGGCCCAGCAGUGGCUGGAAAAACUGAACGAUCAGUGGGAACUUCAGAGGUUUCUCCAGGACUGUCAUGAGCUGGGGGACUGGGUGUAUGAGAAGAUGCUGAUGGCGAGGGACAGCAGCCGAGACGAGACCCAGAAGCUUCAUAAGAAAUGGCUGAAGCACCAGGCUUUCAUGGCCGAGUUGGCCCAGAAUAAGGAAUGGCUGGACAAAAUUGAAAAGGAGGGCCAGCAGCUGAUCCAGGAGAAGCCGGAGCUCAGCCCUGUGGUCCGUAAAAAGCUGGAGGAGAUCAGGGAGUGCUGGCAGGAUCUGGAGAGCACCACCCAGGCCAAAGCCCGCCAGCUCUUCGAGGCCAACAAAGCCGACCUGCUGGUACAGAGCUACGAAAGCCUGGACCAGAGACUGGGACAGCUGGAGGGUCAACUGGCCUACGUGGACCAGGGACAAGACCUCACCACUGUCAACAAGCAGCUCAAAAAACUACAGACCAUGGAGACCCAGAUGGAGGAGUGGUAUAAGGAGGUGGGGCAGCUCCAGGUGCAGGCAGCCUCCAUCCCACAGCAGACACAGGUCAAGGAGACGGUUGCAGAGCGUCAGGCUGCCGUGGAGGCCAGGAUGGUGCGUCUAAUCGAGCCGCUGAAGGAGAGACGACGCAUCCUGCUGGCAUCUAAGGAAGUCCAUCAAGUCGGACGAGACCUGGAAGACGAGAUUUUGUGGGUCCAGGAGCGUCUCCCGAUGGCCAUGUCUCAGGAGCACGGCUCCACUUUGCAGGCCGUCCAGCAGCUCAUGAAGAAGAAUCAGACACUUCAGAGGGAGCUGCAGGGCCACAGGAGCAGGAUCGAGGACGUCUUGGAGAGGGCGGGGAUCAUCGCCUCCAUACGCAGUCCCGAGGCCGACUGUGUCAGGGCCGGCCAUGACCAGCUGGCCCACAUGUGGGCUCUGCUCUGGGCUGAGACCGAGAGGAGGCAACUGGUCCUGGACGCCAUGUACCAGGCUCAGCAGUAUUACUUUGACACGGCUGAAGUAGAGGCAUGGCUGAGCGAGCAGGAGCUGCACAUGAUGAACGAGGAGAAGGGGAAGGAUGAGCCAAGUACACUGCAGCUGCUGAAGAAACACUUGGUCCUGGAACAGACCAUCGAGGACUAUGCUGAGACCAUCGGCCUGCUGUCACAGCAGUGUCGACAGCUGCUGGAGAUGGGACAUCCUGACUGUGAGCAAAUCAGCAAGCGUCAGUCGCAGAUCGACCGUCUGUACGUGUCUCUGAAGGACCUGGUGGAGGAGAGGAAGAGCCGUCUGGAGCAGCAGUACUGGCUCUACCAGCUCAACAGAGAGGUGGAUGAGCUGGAACAGUGGAUUGCUCAGAGGGAGGUGGUUGCCAGCUCGCCCGAACUGGGUCAAGACUAUGAGCAUGUCACAGUCCUGCAGGAGAAGUUCACAGAAUUUGCUUCAGAGACGGGCAGUGUGGGACAGGAACGAGUGACAGCUGUCAACCAGAUGGUGGACGAGCUCAUCGACUAUGGCCACUCGGAGGCUGCCACCAUUGCCGAAUGGAAGGAUGGGGUGAACGAGGCCUGGGCCGACCUACUGGAGCUCAUGGAGACCAGGGCACAGAUGCUUGCCGCGUCACACCAGCUGCACAAGUUCUUCUCCGACUGCAGAGAGGUCCUGACUCAGAUUGAGGACAAACAUCGAAGACUGCCAGAAGUUCGGGCUCGGCAGGGCAGCACUGCCAAUACCAGCACCCUACAGAGACUGCUGCACAGCUUCGAACAGGACAUACAGUUGCUGGUCACGCAGGUGCGUCAGCUACAGGAGAGUGCAGCCCAGCUAAGGACGGUGUAUGCCGGCGAGAAGGCCGAAGCCAUCGCGUGCCGCGAGCACGAAGUGAUGCAGUGCUGGAAAGAGCUGCUGACAUCCUGUGAGGAAUGUCGCUUGCAAAUCACCACAGAGACAGACAAGCUGAGGUUCUUCGGCAUGGUCCGAGAUCAGAUCAUGUGGAUGGACUCGAUCAUCUGUCAGAUAGGGACAGGAGAGAAGCCCAGGGACGUGUCCUCAGUGGAGGUGCUGAUGAAUUAUCACCAGAGUCUGAAGAGCGAAGUGGAGGCUCGCAACAGGAGCACACUGGAGUGUAUCGAGAUGGGAAAGACCCUGCUGGCUGCUAGAAACCCUGCGGCUGAAGAGAUCAAGGAGAAGCUGGACAAGGUGGUUGCUAAGCAACUUGAGCUGUCUGAGAAGUGGGACAGGCACUGGGAAGUCCUACAGCAAUUGUUGGAGGUUCACCAGUUUGCACAGGAUGCCGUGGUGGCGGAGGCUUGGCUGACCGCUCAGGAGCCGUUUAUUAGCAGCAGUGAGCUGGGCGCGAGUGUAGAUGAGGUCGAACAGCUGAUUCGUCGACAUGAAGCCUUCCGCAAAGCUGCCGCCACCUGGGAGGAGCGAUUCAGCUCACUGCGGCGACUCACCACGGUAGAGAAGUUAAAAGCAGAGCAAAGUAAACUACCCCCAACCCCUCUGCUGGGUCGUAAAGUCUUCCUGGACCCCCAAGACGCCUGUCCCAGUGCAUCCACCCUCCCCCGCCUCCCGAUAUCCCCUGUUAUGAGGCAGACCAUCUAUGAACAGAAUGAAGCUAGCUCUCCUCCCUCACCCUCGCCUGCCACCCCUACACCCUCUCCGUCUUCUGUGGUUCGUCGGCUGGGGUCAACAGUUGCCAACUACACCCCUGUAAUGAAUGGCUCCAGCUACCGCCACACCCUGGAGGCACGGCAGGGCAGCGUGGUGGGUGUGGCUGCAGGACUAGGCCAGCCCGCACCUUCCUCGAUUGCAUCUAUUGCCACGGCAGCCAUGCUAGUCUCAGCCAACCAGGUACGAGAAAACGCCAGCACGGUGAGAGACCAGGCAACGAAGGCAAUGAGUCACCUGCAGCCAGUGCAGGCAGCAAGGGAAGUGGAGGUGAAAUCAUCCCCGUAUCUAAGGCAACCUAAAAUCAAACACAUGGAUGACGCAGUGACGCCUCUGCUCGUAGCCAGCAGGCUGGAGAAGGUGAGAGAAAGGGGUAGAGAGAGAGAGAUGAUGAUGGGAGAGAUAGGGACAGAGAGAGCAGAGGUGGCGGUCAUGGCCGAGGUGGUACUCCAGGAGCCGAGAGAGCGUCUGCACAGCGAGCCCACCAGAGGGCCUCGGGGAUCCAGGACUGACCCAUUGGGCCACGCUGAGCCCCAGGUCCAGACGCAGACUUACCACAGGGACCACAGGAUAGAACGGCAGCUGUCCAGCGAGCAGCUGAUCCAAGCACGCAGGGACGAGCUGCCUCAGGAGGUGUGGAGGGAACAGGCCGAGAGGCGGGAGAGACGGACACUGGAGAGACAAACGUCCAGCGAGCAGGAGGGCCACGGGAGCCACGAGGGCCGGCGGCGGGAGAGGGACCGACACCGGCUCGAAAGACAGGAAUCCAGUGAGCAUGACACCGGGAAGGAGCACUCAGACAGACGCUCAGGAGGAGGAGAAAAGAGAUCCACCCUGGCAGAAAUUGUAGAGCAGCUGCAAGAAAGAGAAGCAGCACAGGCCCGUGGUGAGGUGCCCCGCCUCCCUAAUGGGUUACCAGAGAAGUCUUCCCGUCCCGACCGGCCUCGAGCUCGGGACAGACCCAAACCACGGCGCCGACCACGACCCAAAGAACCAGGAGAGACGACGCGGCGGUCUAGGUCCGCUCCAGCUCAGAGCAGCCCAGCAGUGCCCCAGCCGCCAACACACACCGCACACCAUGAGGGCUUCCUUUUCCGCAAGCUGGACAUCGAGAGUCUGAAGAAAAGCACCAACAGAUGACUGGCCUGCUUCCUCCGGAGAGACACAGACGGAAACGUCUCUCUGCACUGUCCCUUAUUGGCUGAGCUGACCACACACAGCUAUAAGCUCAUCCCCUCCCAGCUAAGGAUGAGUCCCACGCACGCGUCCACUCAAGGCAAUGGAUGAAUGUCUCGUAUGUACAUGCCCUGUUAUGUACAUAGCAAGGUAAAGCAUAAUCCUGAAUGGCUUAAAUCUGCACAAGUGUGAAUCUCCAAACAGCUCCUCCUUAGACUUAUUGUAUGCUCUCUUUUUGAUUUGAGUUUGAUUGGAGGAGAAGAUCUGCAGGAUAGACCUUUUCCUCCAGUCAAUACUGGGGAAGAGAGGUUAGUCUGUGAGGAAAGAUUGAGAUUCAACCUGUCUCUGUUACAUAGCUACAUGACGAGACACUGGGUAUGUUUAUGUGCACAUUAAUAUUCUGGUAUUAUUCAGGAUAUCCAAGUUUUCCCUAUGAAAAUAUAUGGUGCGUGUGAACGGUGCCUAUUCUUUAUCAACUUUAGUUGACUCCAAUGACCAACUGAUUUUGUUUGGUACAAAAGUUCACAUCACUUUUGGCUUUGAGCUGUCAUUGGUCAGUUUCUAAUUAAAGGAUUCUUUCAUCAGUUUGUCAGAAGAGCUGAAACAUCUUCUCAAGGUUUUCUGUCCAUAUUCUAAGAUAAUGAAAAAUAUACUACUGUGAAGGAUUGUAAAAUCUUGACACUUCAUUUUAACAAAGAUAAAGGUUUUUGUUAGAAUAGAACAACUGCUCCUAUGAAACGUGUGGUGUCUGUACUCUGUGCAGUCACAAACUCUGUCACACUGUGUGAGAUGGGUCUCAUAAACUCUUGGUUGUAGUCUGUGUCAGGCGUAUGAUAUCCAUGGGCAUAGAUUUGGGUAUGAACAGUAGGGAUAUGUCCCUACCAGUUUUUAACAAUCUCAAACAAUCUGGCCAUUUUCACUCCGCCUGCAGCAUUGCCAGGUGUGUGUGUUUCCUGCAGAGUGUUAGAUAUUAUAAUGAAUAAACAGGGGCAUGGGGUGUACUCGACGCAGAUUUAAGUAGCUGCAGCUCGGCAGUAGUAGCAGGAGAGUUGAUGAUGAACUGUGUAGAGUCUGAAGCGGUGUGUAUGUAUUUAUAGCUUAAAUGUUUUAAAAGUCACAGAACUGAAAACAUCUUUAUUGGACAAAACUAACAUCAGCUCAAAUCAUAUAUCAUAAUAUCAGAAAAAAAUAAAACACGAUACAAGUCUGAUUUCAGCAAAUACAUAUUCAAUAAAAUAGAGCAAGUGCAUAUAAAAAACUGUGUAUUUUGGCUGUCCAACACAAAAUGUCUCUACCUCUACACCUUUGACGAUAUCUAUUUUGUAGAUAUCAGUGGUGUGAUAAAUGCUCGGUGAAUCAUAGUGCUAUGACGUAAGGUCAGAGACAUGUCAUUAACUGGUAUUUUCAUGUUUUGGGUAGUAGCUAAACUAUAUAACUUUUGCCCAUAGAACCACUGCUAUGCAUCAGAAGACUCAGAAAAAGAGGAGGGCAAGAGUGUGAACCUGUGAACCCGGCCGUUACCGGGGAAAUGAGCACAACAUGGAAGUUCAAUUCUGCAAAAGGAAUUUAAGAUAAAUUAAUUUUUUUUUAGCAGUGGCAGCUUCCUAGUGAAUUCUGUGUCAUUUCAUGUUGUACUUUUUGUUUGUAGACGUGCGUCAGAGCAGCAGUCACUUUGUGAAAACUUCUGACAACGUCAGAAUUUUUUGUCUUUGGUCACAGUACAAUCAAGGACCACCAUUUUUGACAUCCAGACACAUUUCUCUCACAACUGUUAACUUCCAUCUGGGGCAGCCCAAAAUCACACAGUAUUAAUCGGCCUCUUGACAACGUCUCUGUGGCCAAGACGGAUGGGACAUGUUCUUGUUGAAUUCUAAUGAAAAUAAUGGUUGACAAAAAUGUAACUUUAAGUCCUCUUUCUAGCUCCUUCCAGACCUUUCUACCAUUAAGCAGAGGUCAGAAGUAGAGCUAGAGUUAUAAACCAGACUUGGCUUAUUGCAGAUUCAUCAGUAUAAGUGUGUAUAUGUUUCAAUAAGUAACAAGAAAUAACAGAACAGAAAUGCCAAUCUAGGUUUGAGGUAGUUUAGAAUCAUGUCACCUUUAUAAAGGUUGUUCACCAGAGAGCACUGAGAAGUUGUUUCAACUCUAAAAUACCCCAUUCUUUGAAAAAACAAAUAUAAUGGAUCUGUAUCAAGAUUGUUGCUUAUCUUAUGUGUUUAUAUUUGAAAAAUUACUAUUGGCCAAAAUAUCGUGGUCAGAUUUUUUCAACCUCCCAUAUAUGGAUAUCAGGCUCAAAAAUCCAUUGGUCAGCCUAUUGUUGGAAGUUACAGAAAAGGCUGUGCAGUAAAGGAAAAUUUCUGACACUGUUGCCUCUUAGUAGGAUCGUCAAAAAAGACACUUUCCCAAAAAACUUCACUCUCUUAUUAUGAUAGUUUUCUGAGACCUAAUUUCCCUUAUCUUCUGUUAAAUUCAACCAGGGCAGAUCACAUGCACCGUUGUGUAAGUUGUGUUUCCAUUACACAGAGGUAUUUGAAAUUGGGAUAUAAAGCUGCACACAGACAGCUUGCUCUGAAUAAUACCUAUACUUGGGUGUCAGUAGUUGACUGGAAUGCUGUGUGCAUGUAAACACACUCAGAGGGAAAAGAUGCAUGACCAGACUUUAAACUGUGUUGUUGCCAAAAUGCCAUUUAACCAAACUCCUCUUUCUUGUUUCUCCUCUCCUCCUCGGUGCUGCUGGCUGCUCCUCUCGUCUCCUCCAAGGUAAGUCAUAUAUGAGCCCCACACACAGACACACAAAGUGUACAUAGCCUCCCUCCCCACCCGUCCAUCUCCCUCCUCCUCCGUCCGUCCGUCUGUUUGUGCGUUCGUCUGUGUUUGUUCAGCAGUGUGUUUCCACCUCCCUUCUUGGCGCCGGUUCAUCCCGCCUACCUACCUGUCUGCUCUGGUCAGGUGAGUGAGGUGUUAGCUUAGCAAGAGCGACUCUGCAACUCUACCUGACUCCUCGCAUCUCCCCCCAACCACACCACCUCCCCACCUUCCCCGUACUCUCCCCUCCACCUUCCCCUCCUCCUCCACUCUCACUCCCCUCGCCCUCCCGGCCU